GACGAUCGCACUGAGCUCGGGUGAACGAAGUUUUAUUGGCGCCUUCGGAGCGUUGCUCGGACCCCGAUCUGCUAUGCCGUGUGCUCUUGUCGCGUUUCGUUUCCCUGUGUCCAUCGCCAUUCUGCUCUUGUAGCUCCUACAUUCAUUCUUGUCGUAGCCACCCGCAUCUUCGAUGUUUCGAAAGCUUUCGAUCGACUUGUUUCUGUCAUUUUCUGCACCUGUGGAGGUUCGGAUCUUGCUUGGGAGCCGGAUCAGACAUGUUUCUUCUCACACUGCGCUGAGUUGUGUGUUUCGUUAGAUCGGAGGAGGUGAAUCUUGCCUUGGAGUUUGCAGAAGUAGAUAUUUUAAAUUUUAGUAGUUUCCGAAGGUUUGCGAGGACGGGGAAGUCGUUUCGAACGACUUAUCAUAGAUCUUUUUUCGAGUGGCGAGAAGAGUGAGUGUGAGAGGCAGAUCGUAUUGGUGUGUUUAGCCACUAUUGGUGGCGGCGACGGUUGUCGUCGCAGCUGAGAAGCAUUGCAUGCGAUGGCGGGGCGGUAUGACAGCAAUCCGUUUGACGAAGAUGACGUGAAUCCUUUUUCUGAUCCAGUAGUACGAAGUCAGGCGCAAAAGUCAUCCUACGGUGGAGGCUUCUAUGAUAAGAGCGUGCCACAAGUGAAUACAAUUUCACCUCUUCCACACGAACCAGUUUUUUCAGGUUCAACAGCUGCAAAAGAUGCAACAGUCGAUAUUCCCCUUGGUGGUGCCAAAGAGUUGAAGAAGAAGGAGAACGAGCUGAAGGCCAAGGAGGAGGAACUUAGGAAGAAAGAGCAGGAACUGAAACGCAGAGAGGAAGCCGCGGCUAAAGCUGGCAUACUUAUUGAGGACAAAAACUGGCCCCCAUUUAUCCCCAUCCUUCAUCAUGAUAUUGCCAGGGACAUACCGUCACACACACAACAACUGCAGUACCAAGCUUAUGGAAGUUGGUUAGGAAUAUUACUGUGUUUAUUUUGGAAUUUCAUCUGCACUACAGUAGCAUGGAUUGCAGGCCCUGGUGAUGUGCAAAUAUGGCUUCUGGGUGUUAUCUUUGUUCUAGCUGGCUAUCCUCUAUCCUACUUCCUGUGGUACAGGCCACUGUAUCGUGCAAUGAGAUCUGAUAGUGCUCUGAAGUUCGGCUGGUUCUUCAUCUUCUACUGUCUUCAUAUUGGCUUCGUUGUAUUGGCUGCGAUUGCUCCACCAAUUUUCUUUAGGGGGAAAUCUCUUGCGGGGCUCUGGCCUGCAUUGAGCUUAUUUGGAGAGAAUGCCCUCGUUGCUAUUUUUUAUGUGGUGGGCUUCGUCUUGUUUACACUUGAGGCAUUACUAAGUAUCUGGGUCCUUAAGGAAGUAUAUGAUUAUUUCCGGGGCUCUGGAAAAGCAGCGCAACUUAGGCGUGAAGCUGCUGCUGGUGCCUUUAGAGCUGCCAUAUGAUUUUGAGGAUCCCCCGAGUGAUGUACAAGCUGGUAGAUGUUGAUCAUGGUUACUCAUUAAGGCAGAUUGGAAGUUGUGCAGAAUCCUCAUACGAACUUAGGUUUCGUAGCGCAGGUCGAUUUGUAGAGGUCGAUAGUCUAAUUCUUUGAAUCUACUGGUAUGAUGGUGAAACCACCGAGUCUUGGUUUCCCGACGGAUAACAGAUCUGCUAUACAUGUAACGUGUGAAUGGGGCGUGAUUAAUGUUGCUCUUAAGUAUUUAUUAAGUGACUCUUAAAUGUCACUUCAGUUUCACUCA